GGGUCUACGACGGCGGGCGGAAGUGGCGAAUAACACUUAAAUGGAUUCCCUCGCGCGGUUGUUGACAAGCCCUUGCCGUAGCCGGUCUCUCUACAACGCCAUUCACAGUGUUUUGCCGUCGCACGGACAACGUAAGUUUUCAAAGCUAAAAAUUCACUUUAUUUCCUCGAUAAAAGUCCUGAAAAUUGUCACAAAUUGUCAAUAAACUAUCCUCAAUUGUAUCUAAGAGGUUAAAGAAAUAAAACAAUCAUAUUCCUUUGUUUACAGGAAAUUUCCACAUGGCUAAUCAAAAUUCAACGAGCGAGCAGGCGGCGAAAAAGCAAAAGUAACUAGAUUGGAAAAUUAUAUGAUUUAACUGAUGAAAAAGGUUGUUUUGGGGAUAACAAUCGUAUAAAAGAUUGUGUAUGGGUAGAGUGGUACUUUAUGUGAUUUAUGGUUAAAAAAAUAUUGUCUUUGCCGCUUAAUUUAUAAAAAAAUAAGAGGAUACAUUUGACUAAAUAAUUGUUUCGUAUGCAUUUCAGUUUGUUUACGUUUCUUUUAUUAACUCUUCAGACCCUUUGAAUGGUGCGAAAAACACGACGAAUGCCUUAUAUAGGAGGUACUAACUCUCGAACCAUUCAAGGAAAAGAAGGGAAGCAUAGGAAGGGGAAGAAUCUGGGAAGAGAUCUCAGAAAAUCUAAACUCACUGCGUGUGCCGAUUUUUAAAGUAAACAAGAGGUCGGUACGAGAGCGUUUCCAACUGCUGAGCGAGAAAUAUAAGAAAAAGAUGAGUGAGGAGCGAAAAGCAUCAGGCAUAGAGACAGACCUGUCAGAGGUGGAAAGAGGCUUAGAAGAGGUUACGGAGAAGGAGAAGGAAGUGAGUGAGCAGGGCACGGCGAAAAGCAGCUGUGAAAAAAAGCAAGCAGAGAAGAUGAGGAGGAGGGCGAUGGAGGGGAUGGCAAAACGAAAGCGCGGAGACGACAUAAAAAAAAAGUCACGAGGAUCCGGUAGAGAUACAACGGAGUUUCUCAAAGAGAAAACAAGUAUAAUGAAGGAGUUGAAAGAAAAAGAGCUGGAAAUACAGGCCAGAAAUGUGGAAGCUCAGGAGAGGGCACAACAACAACUACAAGCUAUGCUUCAGCAACAACAGCAACAACAAAAACUAAUGCAAGACAUGCAAUGA